UCAAGUUAACGGAAAAGUGUACAGUGGUUUGUUAGCCGCGCUAGGCCUAGGCCUUCCAUUUCCAUUUACUUGGUCGUUGGUUCCUUUGCAAAGUAUUAUCCAUCCAAGUCUCUCUCUCCCUCUUCGAUUCUUACGUACGGACGCUGAAACUGCCAAUUUUCUAGUUGUUUUCAGCAAGAGAUGGGGAUAUAUCUCAGCUCCCCUAAAACUGAAAAGGCCUCAGAAGAUGGUGAGAAUCAUAAACUUCGAUAUGGGUUAUCCUCCAUGCAAGGGUGGCGUGCAACCAUGGAAGAUGCUCAUGCAGCUUAUCCAGAUUUGGACAGUUCCACAUCCUUCUUUGGCGUUUAUGAUGGCCAUGGAGGCAAAGCAGUGGCUAAGUUCUGUGCUAAGUAUCUUCACCAGCAAGUGCUUGCGCAUGUAGCAUAUUCAGCUGGAGAUUUAGGCACUUCUGCGCAGAAAGCUUUUCUCAGAAUGGAUGAAAUGAUGCGUGGACAAAGGGGGUGGAGGGAAUUAGCCAUAUUGGGCAAUAAGAUAGAUAAGGUUUCUGGUAUGAUAGAAGGGCUGAUAUGGUCACCUAGGGUUGGUGAAGCCAAUGGCCAUGUUGAUAAUUGGUCUUCUGAGGAGGGACCUCAUUCGGAUUUUCUUGGGCCAAAUGCUGGAAGCACAGCAUGCGUUGCAAUGAUUCGAAACAAUCAACUUGUUGUUGCCAAUGCUGGUGAUUCCCGUUGUGUUAUAUCCAGGAAGGGUCAGGCAUAUAAUUUGUCUAAAGAUCACAAGCCUGACCUUGAGGUUGAGAGAGAUAGGAUUCUGAAAGCUGGUGGUUUCAUACAAAUUGGACGUGUUAAUGGAAGUUUGAACUUGGCCAGGGCAAUUGGGGAUGCAGAGUUCAAGCAGAACAAAUCACUGCCUGCUGAGAAGCAAAUCAUAACUGCCAAUCCAGACAUAAAUACUGUUGAGCUCUGCAAUGAUGAUGAGUUUCUUGUUCUUGCUUGUGAUGGCAUUUGGGAUUGCAUGUCAAGCCAACAGCUGGUGGAUUAUGUGCGUGAGCAGUUAAACACUGAAACUAAGCUUUCAGUAAUUUGUGAGAAAGUUUUCGACAGAUGUUUAGCACCUAUUGUUGGUGGCGAGGGAUGUGACAACAUGACCAUGAUCAUAGUGCAGUUCAAGAAACCGAUCAAUCCAGGCGCUACUUUAGAGCAGCAGUCACUCUCUUCUGAUCAACCAUCUGAGACCAGUGCAAAUACAGUGAAGAUCAAUGAAGGUUCCAUGGAAACCGAAGAAAAGAAUUAACAGUAGUCCGUAUGUGCCCAACAAGUGAUUACUUAUCCUGCAAGUUGAAGCUUCAAGAACCGGGGAUUUGAAGUUUACAUUUAGCAACUGAGUUCUUGUUAUUGUAAAUGAUAAGAAUUUUUUUUUUCUUUAAUACACGCAGUCUUGAGAUCUGUGCAUAUAUUUUUGUGGGUUUUGUUAGAAUUUUAAUUGGCUCAUUGAUGAGUCCUGGUGCAUCAAUUUCACGACUGGAAAUUUUGGACAGACACAGAAAGUGUAUACCAAGUACCCAAGUAGUUUUUUGGAACAACUAAAAUAACCGUGCUUGGAGGUUUAUCCCUGCAUUA